AUGCCAAAGGAGCCAACACAAUCAACAAAUCAUGGUUGGAAAAGGCCACGCACCAGCGUAAAGACUGAGACGUACACCACCGACGCAACGGUGUCUAACGCUGUGCGCGAAACAAACAAUAUUUGCGGUGUUCCGCGCGGUGAACUCGUUACUGUCGCCGUUUCGGCGAUCUCGCCCCACUCAAAACAGUCAGAAAUGUUAUUGAGCCGCAAUUCGACGAUCUCGUCGACACAUGAAGAAGACAACGCUGCACCGCUCGGUAGUGUCGCCGCACACGAUCAAUCGUACGAUCGUUUAACGUCCAAUAUGGAUGGCGCUCGCAAUGUGCACAGUCCCGCCGACGGUGGUCGUAUUGGUGAGCGCGUAGAGUUGUGCUGUAAUCGUUGUGGUAAUUUCGCACAAGUAAUGAAUACAAAAAAUUACAAUAAUGAUGAGAUGUUGCGUCGCGAAAACAAUUUUAAGUGUGAUAAAUGUUGUCAUUUGAGUGUUGUGCAUGCUGGCAGUGAAAGUGUUGAUAGUGUGGAGGACGAUGAGGAAGAGCCAGACAUUGGUAUUGACGAUGAUAUGGAUGAGGCGGAACUCGAUCCGGAACGUGAUGAUGAGAUGGAUUUGCAUGAAAGUGCGGCAUUGCGUUUGCCUAAGAUCGAGGAUAAAGAGAUAUCGACGACGGCGACAACGACCAUUUUGAAGGAUAACAACACAAAGCCGAUUUUGAAAUUUAGUGUUUCAGCAAUUUUGGGUGAUACCCGUGAAGGUGUUAGAGUUAGAAAUGAAUUCAUACAGCCGCAACACAUCUGGCCUUACUUACAACAAAACUUCAUACAUCACACACACUUUCCACAUCCCGCAUUCCUCACACAUCAUCCACACACGCAUCCACUUGCGCAUGCACAUCCUCACCUACCGCCACACCAUGCACACCUACCACCGCCGCCACAUCAAUUGAAUGCCAUCGGUGGCGCCGCCAAUGGCAAUAGUUGUCAGCCGCAAACCGCAGCAGCGUCGUCAUCGUCACCUGGCAGCACAAUCAGUGAUAGCGAUAAUCACUCCACCGGCACCGGCGGCAGUGGCAGUGGCUAUGGUAGUGGCAGUAAUAGCAAUAGCAACAACACCACUAGUAACACUAAUGCCAUCGAUAUUCGACCAACAUAUGAAGGUGUUGGACACAAUGACUGUGAAGAUAAUAAUAAUCGAAGACUAAGUUUACAAUUGGCGCAGGAGAAACAGCAGCAACAACAGCAUUUAGCAACAGCACACCUGCAGCCACAACAUCCACUACAAGCCCACAUGACGCCACACCACUCACCACUGCCCGGUCAGGUGGCUGGUGGUCAUCAAGUGAUAGCAAAGCCUUUGCCCAGCCGGCCUACGCCCUUCCUGCCACAUAGCCUGCAACAUCCGCAUUUGCAUUCACUGUUGGCGCAUUGUCGAAAUCCCUACAUGAGUGUUGGCGCACAAGUGUUUCCCCUGCCGCCGGGUCAAGGUUUUCCUUGGGCACACUCAACGCGUGGCAAACCUCGUCGGGGUAUGAUGCGUCGUGCCGUAUUCUCGGACUCCCAGCGCAAAGGUUUGGAGAAACGAUUUCAACAACAGAAAUACAUAAGCAAACCGGAUCGUAAGAAAUUGGCCGAGCGACUGGGGUUGAAAGAUUCACAGGUUAGUUAGUAGAGAAAGUCAAAACUUAAAAUUGUUAAAUUAUUUUUUAU